AUGUGAAUCCUGUGUCAGAGCAAUAGAAGCUGCACAAUGGAUUGUCACAUCAUUUCACUGCUGCUCCUCGCCUUGACUGUGGAAACAGGGGGCUCAACAGAAAACAGAUUCCUCAUUUCAGCUCCACGUGUGUUUCAUGUGGGAGUUGGUGAGAAAGUGUUUGUCCAGAUGGGAAAACAGCAUCAUAACACACCUGUAACUCUCUACCUGGAGCAUGAAAGCACUGGCACUGUUGUGUCUUCAAAGUCAAUGGUCUCCUGUACAGAAAAGAAGGACGUCGAAACAGUUGAGCUCAAGAUAAACAGUGCAAUUAUGUCAAGGUUACCGCCUACAAAAAAAACCCCUUCUUACCUUCUGGUCGUGGCAGAAAGCACAACCUUCAGGACCGUGAAUAAGAGACAAUUUAUAAAGGUCCUGGUAUCAAAGCACAGGGGCUACAUCUUCAUUCAGACCAAUCAGCCAGCCUACAACCCAACAGAGAAAGUGCAUUACCGGAUUUUUACUCUUGACCAUAUGCUCAGGCCUCAUGGGGACAUACUCCACACAUCAGUGAUUAAUGCAGCCGGAAAUAGGAUACAGAAAUCCAUCAAGAGUGCAAAGGACGGAAUAAUAAAAGGCACAUUCCCCAUACCUGAUGUUUCUGAAAUGGGCACAUGGACGAUUUCAGCUCACUUUGAAGGUGACGACGCAAACGCCGUGUCUCGAGAGUUCAAAGUCCAAAGAUUUGUUUUGCCAAGUUUUGGAGUUGACAUCAAACUGGAGCAGAACUAUAUUUUGUUGAGUGCUAAACAUGUUGUCUUCACCAUAUCAGCCAUAUAUACACAUGGUGAAAAAGUCAAAGGGGCUUAUUACUGCAAAUUUGGAGUGGGACUAAAACCUGAAAGUCGUAAUCAAAAAACUAUACCUGUCUUUAUCAAAGGACUGGAACUGACCGGUUCAGUCCAGAAUGGAGAAGCAACAGUUUCUCUGCCCAUAGCAAAGAUAAACGAUCAACUCCAGAAAGACAAGAACCUGACACUUGCUGGUUUACAGGAGAGGGGAGCACAAGUCUAUCUGGCAGUAUUUGUCACCGACAUAGAAAGUGGUGAAAUGCAAGAGGCAGAAGAUCAUCUUCCUGUCCUCUCCCACAAAUACACCAUGGAUCUGUCUCGCACUCGCUCUUACUUACCACCUGGGUUCCCACUAGAUGUGGUGGUGAUCAUGCGUCACCCAGACGGCUCUCCAGCAAGUGGUGUGCCAGUGAGGACUGUCAUACAAGGAUCUUCUGAGCAAGGCAUUACUGACCAGGAGGGGGCAAUGUUUCAUACCUUUAAUAUUGACUCUACAACUCCUUUCACCGUUGAAGUGACGGCAGAUGACCUGCAACAGAAGAAAGCAAUUGGACGCACAUCAUCUUCAAGUGCCAGCUACCUUUACAUCAGUUUUACCCCCAGAAUGUACUCUGUGGAAGGUUUGCUUUCAGUGACAUACAACACCCUGAAUGGUCGGACAAAUAGGUUUAUUUACUACAUGGUCCUGAGCCGUGGGAUCCUGAUAAAAAGUGGACGUCUCCCUUUUGGCAGUUCAGUUAAAGACAACUUACUGAUUACACAUGAUAUGGUUCCAUCCUUCCGUCUAAUUGGCUACUUCUACAAUGAGCGCGGUGACGUCAUUUCUGACUCAGUGUGGGUGGAUGUCAGGGAUGAAUGUGAGAUAAAGGUCAAGGUAGAACAAAGAGGUCCUUUUGAACCUGGAAAACAAUCAGUGCUAGACAUUGAUUUACAUGGUCAGAAAGCCAAAGUGGCUCUGCUUGCUGUGGAUAAAGCCUUCUACGCUCUCAAUACUGACAAUAAACUCACAGCCAAACAGGUGUUUUCUGCGAUGCAGUCAUAUGAUCUUGGCUGCUCAUACGGUGGAGGAAGGGACUCAGUAUCUGGACUAAAAGAUGCAGGCCUAUCGUUUGUAACACAUUCACAGUCAGAGUGGAAACAUGAUUCUCACUGUGACUCACAAUCCUCACGAAAAAAACGCUCUCUGGACCUCAACCAGGAAAUGAUGACCUUCAAAUCUAACUUUUCCAAAUUGGAAGGUGAGUGUUGUGAUCAUGGGGUUUCUCUCAUACCUAUGACACUAACAUGUCAACAAAGAGCAAAGCGCAUGGCUCUCGUGAAACGAAAUCAAGCUUGUGCAGACAUCUUUUUGAAAUGCUGCCUGGAAGCACAGCGUCUGAGGCAGAAAAAAAUACAAGAGGAGGCAGAGAAAGGACUUGCCCGGACGGCACAUGUUGAAGACAUCGAAGAGUUCUUCUUGGACCCUGCCAGUCAGUACAUUCGACGAAUUUUUCCUCCCAGCUUUGCAUUCAAUGAAAUUGAAGUAAAUGGUAAACAAAGGUAUAGUUUGGCUCUUCCUGAUUCCAUCACCACGUGGGAACUUCAAAUCAUCACUUUAUCUGCUGCCACUGGUUUCUGUGUUGUCAAACCGACUGAGGUCAAAGCCAUGAAGAGGACAUUUGUGUCUCUGAGACUGCCCUACUCAGUGAAAAAAUAUGAGCAAAUGUUCAUUUCUCCUGUCAUCUACAACUACGGCCGAGACGACCUAGAGUUGGCAGUUCAUAUGGAGCAAACUGAAGGGCUUUGCUCCCCUGGCUCAGCCACCACCGCAGCCUUUGUUAACAUCACUGUGAAAUCUGAGUCUUCACAGUUUGUCUCUUUCUCUGCCGCCCCCAUGGUGUCCGGGCAAAUACCCAUCAAAAUACGUCUCUAUGACAUAAUUAAUGAGAUGGGAAUAGAUGCAAUUGAGAAGAGUUUGAAUGUGCUGACAGAAGGAUUAGAACAGAGGCAAUGCGAAACCAAAGUGAUUAAAUUAGAUGGGAAGAGUGUAAGGACCAUACGUAUUGAUGGAAGUUUUCCAGAUGAAACAAUCCCCAACUCUGGGUCCAAUAUUUUCAUUUCGGCAGAAGAGAAUGAAUUUCAGUCCCAAGCGAAGAACCUUCUUUCUCCGGAGAAGGUAGCUAAACUGAUCGUGCUGCCUACAGGAUGUUUGGAGCAGACAAUGACAGGGCUCGCUCCCACAGCUUCAGCCCUCCGUUACCUUGAUCUAAGUGAGCAGUGGUUUAACCUGCCUCCUGGUAAAAGAGAUGAGACUCUGAACAACGUUAUGCAAGGUAUUACGAGGAUUUUAUCCUACAAAAAAGCCGAUGGAUCUUAUCGAGCAUUUAGUUCAGUGCCAUCUAGUAAUUGGGUGACUGCCCUUGUUGUAAAAGUUCUGUCCUUGGUGGCUCAGCGUCAGAGUGGAGGUUUGGGAGAGCAGGGCCUGAAAACGACUUUACCACUAGAUGAUAUUUCGCUCUCUGUCAGAUACUUGCUCUCAGUACAGCAGACAGAUGGGUCAUUCAUUGACCGACAUCCUGUGUUGCACAGAGGCGUCCUGAAAGGCAAAGACCAGGUGGCAUCCAUGACGGCUUUCAUAACUGUUUCUCUACAUUUGUCACUUAACUUCCUGCCAGAAGAUACAGAGAUUGCUGCGAAAGCAAGCAUUUCAAGAUCAACAUCAUAUCUCAUGUUACAUCUGGAGGAGCUUCAGCAUCCGUAUGCUAUUGCCACCACAGCCUACUGCCUCUCAUUGUGCCUGCAAGAGGGAACAAAUAUCACACGGGCCUGGACAAAACUUCAAGCACUGGCUACGGAAGGGAAGGAUGGCUGUUAUCUGUGGACAACAGAUAAGAGCCCACCGAAUCAAGGGAAGGCUGACAGCAUCACUAUAGAAACAACAGCCUAUGCCCUUCUAACUGCAGUGGCACUUCAACAUAGAGAAUGGGCAGACAAAGCAGCCUGCUGGUUAAUCACCCAAGAAAACUAUUUUGGAGGCUACGCCUCCUCACAGGACACCCUCAUGGCACUGGAAGCCCUCGCUGAGUAUGAGCUGAAGAGGCCUGUUGAUCCUGCAUCAACUGUAAUUGCAGACUUCACUGUACCACAUAAGAGUGACAUUGUGAAGCUUGUCCUGGAAAAUAAGGGGAGGGUGGAGACAAGCCUGAAGAAAUUUGUAGGGCGUCAGAUUAACAUGCAGUUGUCAGGGAAAGGAAACGUCAAAGUAAAAAUUGUAAAGGCUUACAAUCUUCUGGGACCCAAGGAUGACUGUACCAAGCUCUCUAUCAGUGUCACAGUGACGGGCAAAGUAAAAUACACUUCUAAGGUUAUAGAAACCUAUGAAUACUACGAUGACUACGAUACCAAUAUGGGAAAGGAUCCAAUCCCAGGCACAGAGGAAUCUGACAGUCAUGACCGAAAAAGGAGAGACGUCGAUAACAACCUGAGUUCAGUCCAAACUGUCACUUACACAGUCUGUGUCAGUCACAGUAUGAACUACAGUCUCACUGGCAUGGCCAUUGCUGACAUCACACUACUCAGUGGGUUCGAAGUAGUAAUUGGGGACCUGGACAAGCUAAAGCAGACACCUGAGCAAUACAUUGCCCAUUAUGAAGUCAACUAUGGCAGGGUGCUGAUCUAUUUCAAUGAGCUCUUUGAAUCAGAGGAAUGUAUUGAUUUCGAUGCUAAGCAGACAGUUCCCAUUGGGCUUCUGCAGCCUGCUCCAGCUGUGUUCUAUGACUAUUAUGAACCAAACCAAAAGUGUACUAUCUUUUACUCUGCCCCCCAAAGAAGCAAGCUGGUCUCCAAACUGUGUUCAGGGGAUGUGUGCCAGUGUGCAGAACGACCAUGUCAUAAACAGAAAAUGACAUUCAAAUCAGAAAGGAAUGUAAGACUGACAAAGAAUGAUCGUUUGCAACAUGCUUGCUUCUUCCCCGUGGUGGAUUAUGGAUACAUUGUCGAAGUGCUCAGUGUUUCAGUGAAGAGCAACUUUGAGAUCUACAAGUCGAGAGUGAUGGAGGUGCUUCGAUCACAUGGAGAUCAUCUUGUCAAAGGAAAUUCUAUUCGCGUGUUUGUGAUGAGGCGUCAGUGCAAAGGGGAGUUGAAUUUGGGGAGACAGUAUCUCAUCAUGGGCAAAGAUGGCUCCACAACUGACUCAACGGGAGCAAUGCAGUAUCUGUUGGAAUCAAACACCUGGAUUGAACAAAAGCCAACAGAUGAGGAGUGUAAAAAAACUGACUAUCGCGUUGCCUGCAGGGGCUUCUUCACUUUCAUCAGGGAGUACAAGGUGGAUGGCUGCAGUCAGUGAAAUACUCCCGUGAGAUGCAGUGUCGUCGUGGUUUCUGAUAUUUGACUUUUUUUCGUUGCUUAUAAACGCUUAUACGAGGUGUGGUGUACUUUCAAUGCACUGAAACGUUUAAGCUCAUUUAAAUCUGACAGUAGGGAGACAGAUUCAGUCUCUCUACCACAUUUGAAACUGUAAUGCCUCAGUGUAACUGCUCUGGUUUUAAUGUUUCUAAUGUGUGAUGAGUUUUCAAAUAAAAACAUUUUAAUGCUG